CACGACCGAGUCACCAACAAAGCGAAGACCGGCUCGAUGAGCGCGAUGAGCGGCGCCAUGGAGUGGCACGCGUGGCUGUCGUCGGCGCGGCUGGACCCGGCGCUGGUGCACGAGUACGCGCUGGUGCUGGCGCGCAACGAGCUGGAUGCCGCCGACGCCGCCUACUUCGACCACGACUUCCUCCGCAGCAUGGGCAUCGACGUCGCCAAGCACCGCCUCGAGAUCCUCAAGCUCGCGCGCCCUGGCCCCGGCCCCGGAGAGCGGGGCCGCCGCCGUACGUCCUCCUCCGCGGCGCCGCUCUCGGGCCUUGUGGCCGCCGUCGGCCGCGUCGCCAGGUACGUGCGCGCGCUCGUCCGCCUCCGCGGGGAGGAGUCGUCGUCGUCCACGGCACUCGUGCUGGUCCCGAGCCAGCAGCAGCAGCCUGACAGCCACGUCGACGUGGGCCGCUCGAGCUUCGGGCACUGCAAGGCGCCGAAGCGGACCAGGUCCAUGCCCAAGGCGCCAGGUACGACGUGCGCGCGCUCGUCCGCCGCGAGGGCCACGCGCCCGGCCGGCGGGUGCAGGGGCGCCGCGACGGUGCACGCCAUGAGGGACGCCGAGAGCGGCGGCGAGACGGUCCAGUGGGAAUGCCUGUUCCAGGACCUCAACCCCAACUGAUCCAUGCCGGGAAUGACCAAGCGAUUGUUCAUGCAUGGUGUACGUAGUACGUACCAGCCAUUGUUUGUGGCUGCUGCCUUGUACGUGCGCUCGCCGCCAGGACGUUGCCGUAAGCGUCCUCUGAAUAAAUGCGGUGGCAGAUCUGUGUAAGCAUGCACUGUAAUGUUAGCAUGGCGACCUCUGCUUGCGCGCUCUGUGAUUCUCAUCAUCUUAUGGCAACCCUCAGUUCUUCCUUCCGUGGCUUGUGGCGACAUUUCCUUGCACUCUGUUUCAAACCUGAUGUUCUUUUUUCA